UCUUUCAUCCACAAAUUUAAGGCCCCAUAUCAACAUGGCCAACAAGCAUCGGCACAUGGAUUUGCCUCCGGUGGUUAAUGACAAAUACUUCAGCUGCAACUCAACGCCUUUCUAUAGCAUUUUAUAUAAAUAACCUCCCUUCUAUGAAAUUUUUUCAUCAUCAACUACAAGCAUUAUCUGUUCAGCCAUCAAAUUGUUCUAAAUUUCUAGUUUACUUUCUUGUUUCCAAUCUUUCAAGUGAAAAAAAGAAAGAAAGAAAGACAAUGCUCAGCGCUAGGAAACUCAUCAAGAUGGCCAGGAGUUGGCAGAAGUUCGCAGCCAAGCAGAGGAGGAGGAUUUCACUUCCGAGAAAUGUUAGUGAUGCAGAUAGUUGCAGCGUAUCUUCCUCUGUCGUUGAAAAAGGUCAUUUUGUUGUCUAUACAAUUGAUCAAAGGCGCUUCGUGAUUCCCUUGACUUAUCUUGAAAAUGAGGCCAUUAGGCAACUCUUAAACAUGUCUGAAGAAGAGUUUGGGCUUCCAAGUAGUGGUCGUAUUACAUUACCGUGUGAUUCAGCCUUCAUGAACAACAUCGUUUCACUAAUCAACAAAGGCGUAGCUACAGAUUUUCACAAUGCAGUGCUUCUAUCAAUUCCUUCAUGUUGCUGUUCAACUUCUCUUUUGCACCAAGAAAGUGGAACUCAUCAAAUUCUAGUUUAUUGAGUCGACAACAUUCUUUUUGUACAUGCUAACUCAAAAAUAGUUUUUAGAGAGAGCAGAGAUUGAAAAGUACACAAUGUAAAGCGCAUCACACAGAUCGAAUAUUAUUUUUAUCAGAAAAUUUACCAUAUUGAUCAGGGCUUUCACUUUCAAUUUGGUUAUGAGAAGUCCGAACAAUCUAAUCUUUGAUUGGUACCUUUUAUUUAUA